GUGUUACGUCACGGUAAGCGGAAGUCGCGGCUGCUGUUUUGAAAUCUGGCAGCCCGGGUCUUCCCAGCUCCCGCUCGCGCCGAGCCCCUCACCCCUGACACCUACUCUCCGGCCCCUGCCGGCCUGAGACCGCAGCCGCGCCAUGUCCACCCCUCCGUUGGCGGCGUCGGGGAUGGCGCCCGGGCCCUUCGCCGGGCCCCAGGCUCAGCAGGCCGCCCGGGAGGUCAACACAGCAUCGCUGUGCCGGAUCGGGCAGGAGACUGUCCAGGACAUCGUGUACCGCACCAUGGAGAUCUUUCAGCUGCUGAGGAACAUGCAGCUGCCAAAUGGUGUCACUUACCAUACUGGAACAUAUCAAGACCGGUUAACAAAGCUACAGGAUCAUCUUCGCCAACUUUCUAUUCUCUUCAGGAAGCCGGCUCUCCCUCCAACUGCCUUCGGCAAAGCAACACUCAAGUUUCCUCAUCCUCGAGGUGGAGUUUCAAAAACUCAGUUAAAUGCAUCGCUGCUGCCAUUUCCUCUGUCGGCAAAGCCCUAA